CAAAGAAACGAUAUACCGAAUACGAUUCAAACUCAACGAAGCAUUCCAUGAAGUUAAAACCGAAAGCCUCCAAACAUAAAAAGCAACCCAUGAGUUAGGAUUGACAGUGUCGUAACACCUCAGAAGCUGGCCGCAAAAUGUCCUCCUCUGAAGGAUCCGAUGGUUCCGAAGCAUCCGGCACCUCAAAAACACAGUCUGUCGAUUCGAUUAGGGAAAGAGUAGAACAUUUACGAGCCAAAUAUCAAGAUAUUCUACAAGAAGGAUUCUUUCGAAAUUUGCAACAUGAUUGGUUAGAUCGGGAAGUAGCCGAACCUAAUUUAGCCCAGACAACACAAUCGGACACUUCUACGCUCGAAUGUUUGAGUGAUGCGAGCGGGAGUUUUAUAGUGCUGAAUGGGCGAAAGUUUCCACUAGAAUUCUUUCGCCACAUUUCGCCCGAGAUCACAGAAGCCUCCCAAAGGAAAUCGCUUGAGGUAAGCGUGCCGCUAGAACAAGAUGAUUACGAGAACCCUUAUGUGGUUCCAACACCGGAACACAUUGCACAGCGUAAUGCGAGAAAAAGUAGAUUCCACACGGCACGCUCCCGUGGCUGUCAAGACGUAAAGCAACGAUUGCACGUCGAAGAGCUUCCGUUCGAUGCGGAAAUGUUGGGGCCGAGCAAAUCAACCAAGUUCCAAUCCCGCUUGGCUACCCAGCUCGAUGCACACUAUCGGAAUGAACUAACGUACCGGCCCAGGAUACGAAACUUUAUGCGUAUCGACGCCAUCCAUAAUCUACGCGAAUCGGGACGCCGACAGUUCGAGACGUACUAUCGGCAGGAGUACAUCAUUGGACAGACGCGCAAACAGAGCAUUGAGAACGAUUGUUACCAGCAGCUGGAGGAACGCUGUACCGAGCUCCGGGAAGCUGUCCGCACGAUUCGACAGGAGCGCUUCAGUGCAACCAUGAGAGUGUUGGACACGAUGAAACCAUACUUUGAAACUUCCGCCCAGCUGGAGACGCGGCUGAAAGCGCUACAAAACCGAAAGACGAGUCUGUGGAAUCAGGUGGUGCGACUCGAAAGCAUCUGGGUACAGCGGUUGAAGCUGCAAAACUUCCUUUACCUCAUCAUGCCCAAGGAAUGGCGCGAACGCAACGACUGGAUACAUCAGGACGAUGAAGGGCAGCUUGAAAGUUAUCCGCUUUCGAUAAGUCGACGCGAUGUGGUUAAUAUCCGCAACAUUGACGAUGGUAACGAUAUCUGGGCGGUGAAGAGAUUCUUUGAGCAGCAGUAUCUUGCGAAAGAUAAACCCGUACAUGAAGCUUUUGCAAGUGCGGCCGACUUGUUGGACGGAGUGGCAGAAUUGAACACAAACUCCAUGACACUGCUAUCUCGGCUGGAUCUCAUGAACUGGGUAAAAACGAAUGCCGAAACGGAAUCGGAAAAAGUGCAACGAAAUUUCGAGCACCAAAUUCAAGCCAUACGCCACUUCAUACGGGACAUGGAUGAAAGGCGCAAGUUCUACGAGAAGCGUACCGUCGAGCUAAAGCAACUUUUCGAUGAGUUGAUACAGGGGCCGCUUAAAGAAGCGAUCCACAAUGUGCGAAACCGGGAGAUUGAAAGUUUGGUUACGGUUGUCUAUGAUAAGCUUAGACCCGCGGAGGAACGUGACGAUAGUACAACGGUUCAGCUGUCCGGUGUAACGUGUUUUGCGUUCAUAUUCGAGAUGGUUCUACAACUGUUGGCCGAUUUCGAUCAAAUGCCUGCCAGUUUGCUGCACUCCAUCGAACAUAAAGUUCGUUUCCGUCGACGAAGGCGCAUGAUACAAGCGGUCCGUGCAGCGGAAGAGGAACAUCGAAUCAGUCAGUUGGCGGUGCAGUUACGCCGUGGACUUGCGCCACCAUACAAGAAACCCGAUCACAAAGUUAAACCACCGCGUUCCCGUCUCCGACGUAAAGAACCACCGAUUGAGGUGGUGAAACCGCACGUCUCAGAACUGGACAAGAUAUUCCGUGUAGCGUUCGGCGAUGACGCUACGAUGAAGCCAGAAGAACGGCGUAACUUUGAGAUCGAUCUGAUCUAUCAGAACUAUUGUUCGGUGCAGUUCGAUCACUUCCUGCGUAUGAUCGGUUACGAGCCAGACUACGAUGUGGUAAGUCGGGUGCAGCAACGUGACGGACCGGAAGAGAACUUCUUCAAGCGCAAGGAGUUAAUACCAAGCGUUUUAACGAAAUUGCAGAAGUGGCAACAUAUGCAGCAGAUGUUGCGCGAACGAUUGUUUCAAAGAAUGUCCGCGGAACUGCCACCCGGUCGCAGUUAAUGUGCUGCGGUCUAUAAUGCGAUUUUUACUAAUUAUGUACACCAGCUUUUUGGGAUUGUUUGAGAACAAACGUUUAAAAUUGAGUUUUGUAAUAAAUAAUUACCUAUAAAUCGGCUCCUUACUACAAUUCAA